UAGGCCAAGAUGUCGUCUUCAGGAAUGUGUUCCUACAUUCCAAAUCCAGUUCUUGUAUCGAUUUCUGCUUCUGAAGCCAGUGAUAAAGAUGACACUGAAGAUAAAAUAGAUGCGGUUUUUGGAGUUUACAGAGACGAAAUUGGAAAACCAUGGGUGAUGCCAUUUGUUCUUGAACUCGAGAAGAAACUGCUUCAGAGCGAUGAUUUUAAUCACGAAUACGUGACUUACCUCGGACUCCAGUCGUUUAACGAUCUGGUGCCUCGUCUUGUGUUUGGCGAGAAAAGCCCUCACCUACAGAAUGGGAAGGCCUUCGGCGUGCAGACAGUCAGUGGCACAAGUGCACUUCGUGUCGGGGCAGAGCUCCUCGCCAGAUAUUAUAAUUAUACAACUUUCUACAUUUCGGAUCCAACCUGGGAUAACCACGAGCUGACUUUUCUGUACGCGGGGUUUUCGACUUCUCGCAAAUAUCGAUACUGGGAUCCCGUCAAAAGGGGCGUGGACUUCGAGGGGUUGAUUGAGGAUCUCCGAGAGGCCCCAGAAAAUUCUGUUAUUGUCCUACAACUGUGCGCUCACAAUCCGACAGGAUGUGACCUCACGAAGAAGCAGUGGACUGAGGUCGCGGACGUCAUGCAGGAAAGGAAAUUAUUUACAUUCUUUGAUGCCGCAUACCAAGGCUUGGCCAGUGGUAAUUUGGAGGAAGACGCCUGGGCUGUCCGGUACUUCGCGGACAGAGGCUUCGAGAUGCUAAUUGCUCAGACAUUUUCUAAGAACAUGGGACUUUACGGUGACCGGACCGGAUGUCUCUCCGUUGUACUGAAGGAGAAAAGUCGAGAGGAGACGGAGGUUGUAAAAGUGAAGCUAGAGGCGAUAACCCAAGCCUUGUACCUCUGCCCCUCUAAACAUGGGGCUGAAAUCGUAAUAAGGACCCUACAAGAUCCUCAAUUAACCAAACAAUGGUAAAUUGCAUGAUCUAAUCAUUAUAUUGUAAAGAUAUGAUGGCCAAUCGGAG